AUGAUUGAAACUAAGAGUACUAGUCCAGAUCGUUGUGCUCCUCCAUGCAGCUGUUCCACCCCCGCGGUGAUGACGGUGAACGGGUUCAGGAGCGGCGAGAGCGGCGGCGGCCCGGCGGCGUGCGACGGGCACUUCCACAGCGACGGCGAGCUCAUCGUGGCGCUGUCCACGGGGUGGUUCGCGGGCGGGCACCGGUGCCACCGGGCGGUCCGCAUCACGAGCGCGCGCACCGGGCGCUCCGUGGAGGCCCGCGUCGUGGACGAGUGCGACUCCCGCCGCGGGUGCCGCGGCAACAUCGUGGACUCGUCGCCCGCCGUGUGGAGGGCGCUCGGGCUGGACACCGGCGUCGGUGAGGUACCCGUCACGUGGUCCGCGAGCCGACGCCUGAACGCGUUCACCGGAGCCGGUCGGCCGGCCGCGCGGCAAGGGACAAGCUGGAAAUGGCGCCGGGUGCAGUUUGUGUGCUACUAG